AUGCCUUCAACUCCGAUAUACCUAACGAACUUCGCGACGCCGCUCGCGCAACGCAAAGUCGCAAUUCCCCGAUUGCAGAGGCCCAGUCAAGGACAGAAUGGAAUGAAGGACAGACGCCGUGUUCCGCGCGCAUGCACAGCUUGUCGGUCGCAUAAGAUCAAGUGCACUGGGGAAAGGCCGCAUUGCAAGCACUGUGCGACUACGAAUCGAGAGUGUGUAUACAUCAUGCCUCGCAAAGACAGGUUGAAGAUCGUCAUGGAGCGAUGUCAGCAGAUGGCUAGUCUCUUGAAGGGACUGAGAUCUUGCGCAAAUGCGGACGACGAUGCCAGGAUUGCAGAUCUCUUAGAGGCCGUUGAAGAGGAGAUAUCAGGGUCUCGGCGAACAACAGCACCAUCAAUCCCUGAUACUGACGCCAACGGCUCACAAGAGAGUCAUGAACUAGGUGCUCUGGACCACCAGGAUGGGCUCGAUACGGAGUCAUUGGGCCUUCUCGACGAGGAUCUACACAUCAACGAUCGAGCGCGUGCAACUGGCUUCGUUGGGAAGAAUUCCGAGGUUCAAUGGCUACGAGCUGUUACGCUUGCGCAAUCGGAGCAAACAGACGAUGAAGCUGGCGCUCUCCACCGACAAGGUUCGUACGCACCUGGCAUCGGUAACGAACAGAUAAGCUCGUACAGUUUCUGGACCGAUAGCGAGAGCGUGGACAUCGAUUUCUUCGUCGACCCUUACGACUUGCCACCUCUGGAGACCGCUGAGAGGCUUCUGGGUUGCUACAUCAGCAAGGUGCACGACUCUUUUCCAAUCCUACCCCGCAAGACCUUCGAAGACCAGUUCCGUAAGUACUUCACAGCGUUGCAGAACGGCAACGCACCGCGCCUCAGCCCGAUGUGGCAGGCGAUCCUCAACCUUGUGUUCGCGAUAGGCGCCAAGUAUUCGCACUUGUCAAAGGCUAGUUGGCGAGCAGAUGAACGCGACCAUCUCAUCUACCAGGCUCGCGCCAGAGCAUUCGGUCUGAAUGAAUUUACUUUGACGAGACACUCGGACGUUCCUCAGAUCCAGAGCCUUGGGCUUCUUGGGUUUUACUGGCUGUCCAUUGGACAGGUCAGCCGUGCCUGGACGGUCAUUGGCAUAGCCCUCCGUUUCGCGUAUACCCUUGGUCUUCAUGUCCGUAAUGAGGACCCAUCUGCGACGGCAGUGAAACGAGAAACACUGGUCCGUACCUGGUGGAGUCUGUAUUCGCUUGAGCGGACUCUGAGUAUUGUAACUGGUCGACCCAGCAUCAUCGUUGACUCGUGUUGCUCGGUUCCAUUGCCAAUCCCCGUAACGGAAGAACAAAUAUCGGACCAGAUGGAAGCUGCAUAUCGAAUGCGCAAGAGAAGCUCGAGCUUGAUAUCCACGCCUCAAAGUUGGUCAAGCGGUAUUGUUGAUCCUCCUCGUACACCUAUGGGGCUCGGUACAACGGAGGCGAACUCUGGGUCGUACUUCAAGGCUGCAGUCCAGCUAUCGAUCAUAACCCAGAACAUACUUACGUCGCUAUAUACUGCAUCAACCAUAACUAGGUCUGCAGCAGAAAACCAGCACGAGAUGGCCCAGUUGGGUCAGCGCCUCGAUCAAUGGGUGCUAUCUCUUCCCAGGGAGUUCAAUUUCCAAGAGCCAAUCAAUAGCGCCAGCAUGGCGUUCUCUCGUGAACGCAUGCUUCUUGCGUUCCCGCUUUGUGGCGCCAGGAUGUUGCUGGGGCGACUCUGUCUCAACCCUCGAAGACAAGCAUGGAGAGAAGGGAAUGAAGCGACUUUUGCUAGACGAAUGGGUAACAGCUGUAUCGAGGCGGCGAAAAUGGUCGUGGACUUCCUCCCCGAUGAGCCCAAUGCUCACUUCAUAUACGACCAGGGUCCUUGGUGGUGUAUCGUCCACCACAUGAUGCAGGCAGUGUCCGUGUUCCUGCUUGGCUUGUCGUACCCUACGUCCACGUCGCAGGAUAGCAUGCUAUUGAUCUAUUACGUAAAGAAGGUGAUUCGGUGGUUGCAAGUCAUGCAGGAUCCUGUAGCUGAACGGGCCUACCAAGUCGCCAUGAGCUCCUUCGAGACGGUGUCGAGACGAUAUCCUGCCCACGUGGCUGGUAUUUGGAGGAUGGAAUCCGCUCACGGAAGCGAUAUACAGCAGCAUGCUCUUGGUCCUAGCAUGACAGCCUAUCUUCCAGCCCAGGUCACCCCAGACCAAUUCGUUCCACAAGAUAUUGCGGUGGCGACGUAUGUAGCGUACGAUGCCGUAUCGACCGGCGCAACGUUCCCAGCACACAACGGAAUAGCCGUAUAUAGCAAUAGUGAUCACACGGCAAGGUGACGAAGUGGCAGCGGACCAGGAGAACGUUUUCUUUGCCUUGUGACACUGACAUAGCUCUUAUCGUUUUGGGAUUUGGUGGCUGGUACCGAAUUGAGCAUCAAUCGCGCUCGGUAUGGUAGGCUUCCUGUGAUACUUUUUAGAGGUAGUAUAGGUGGAGUCCGAGUCUGUGUGGUGGUCAACGUCGAUGUUUGGGUUUUGACGUC